AUGGCGCCUUUAAGCGGCGCGGCGUCACUGAAGAAAAAAGAUGGCACUGUGACGUUGUCAGAAGAUGGGAAAACCCUCAGUUGGAGCCCAAGGGAAGCUGGAGGAUCUGCAGUCAAGAUUCCUGUAUCUAUCAUAACAAACUUGCAGCAGACCCCGCCUAGUGCCUCAAAAGUGAUGCUCAAAGUUCUCGUCCAGCCACCCGAUGCUCCUCCGAAUACUCCGCCGGUCAACUAUGUCUUUACUUUCACCGACAAGACAAAUGCCCGCGGGCAAGCAGACGCUAUCAAGGACGUACUCGGUCCCCUGCUGAAUUCGGCGAGAAAUGGAACCCCCUCGACCCCAGUCCCCGGUGGAGAGGGGAUGUCUUCAGCUAUGGCGAUUGCGAGCGCGCUUACAUCGGCAGCCACCGCGAAAAAACCAUGGGAUGACGAUAAUCGGCUCAAGGAAGACACCGAUUUGCAACAGUCCCUCCUAAAGGCGAACCCAACUCUCCAAAAGAUGUUCAUGGAUUCCCUACAAAUCAAACCGGAAACUUUGACCUCUCGUCAGUUCAUGGCGCAGUUUUGGUCGACCCGAUUGCACCUUCUUCGAGCGCACGCGAUCGAGCGUGCCCAGUCCCGCGGCGCCUACAACGUUCUUUCAUCCUUGAAGCCUCGGGUCGAGGAUAAUGUCACACGAUUGAAUAUCACUCAGGAACAGGUCCAACUCAUCUUUGCUCAGCACCCACUCGUGAAGCGAGUGUACGACGAAAACGUACCAAAGCUGAAUGAGCACCAAUUCUGGUCACGGUUCUUUCAGAGUCGAUUGUUCAAGAAACUUCGCGGUGAGCGCAUCUCUGAAAUGGAUGCAACUGAUCCGGUACUGGACAAAUAUCUUCGCGAGGAUCCUAAGGGCCCUGAGACGGAGAAUACCCACGUCCCGAACUUUCUGGAUCUCGCAGGUAACGAAGACAACAACAGCCAACGUCGUGGAAAUCGCCCCGAUUUGGACAUGCGACCAUCUGGGGUGGAUCGAAUGCCCAUUAUCCGAACUCUGAACUCCCUCAGUGGAAAGAUCAUGGCCAACGUAGCUGCAGCGGAUGGCGACCCUCACGCUCCAGCUGGGAUGAACGAGGAUACGUAUUCGCAGCUUCGACUCCGAGACCUUGCUGGUGAUGAAGAGCAAAAUCGCAUCACUCUAAAUAUUCGCGACCAGAGCCGCUUUUUCGCUCAGGCGCAAGAAGACCAAGAGAACCGAACAUUUGCACAACAAGAUCCUGAUAAGAUAUUGAAGGCACUGCGCUUGGAAAUAUCGCGAGAGCUCCCUGCUGAUGGCAAUGCACAACUGCAGAGGCUUGUGGACCCUGGUGACGACGACGAUGAAGAGAUGGAGGAUGCACCUACCAGCCAACGCCCGGUGGGGUCAUCCGCUGCAAUGCGUGAUGCCUUGGGCCAGAUUCUCUCUGCCGUGGGUGACCGCCGCAGUCAAAUGAGCGAAACCUCCUCGAGCUCUGAAACAUACGGGCUCUCCAGGGAGGUGUUUGAUCGGGUAACCUUGACGAAUGCGACAUCAAUAGAGUUCCUACAUCAGUUCUGGCAGGCAUUCCUCUCCGGUGACUCCGAGCGCGCUGGCGAAGUCAAGUCAUUAUCUGAAUCACUCCAGCGCGCACUUGAUCGUAUCCAAGCGCUGGGCGAUACAGCGGAAGAGGAGCGCCAGAAGGUUGUCACUCAGCAAAGAGAAUACGUCCUAGAAGUACGCAAACGCACUGGGCGCAAGCUGAAUACCAACUUCGAUAGCAUACCGGGUGGCAUGAAGGCGGUACAGCAACUCCUCGGCCCUACCAUCAGUGCCUUGAAAAAGGCAUCUAGUCAGUACGCAACUGCCUUGGCCGAGGAGACUCGAGAAGCAGCUGCGGCUGCAGUUUAA